ACCAAAAGUGUAGUCGCGCGCACCCAGCGGAGCCACCUCACAGCUCGGGGUCCAGAUCCAGGGCCUGGGGUGGAAGCCGAACAGCUACUCCCCAGGGCAGGCCCAAGGGGUUGCUCCCAAAACUGUGAGGAACUGGCAGGUCAAGGCAGCAGCAGAGGCGAGUUUGCCUAUAUGCAAAAAAAAGAAAAUUUCAGCCUUGCAUAUUGGGAAAAAAUGUCAGAAGAGUCAGACAAAGAUGAGCAGCUCAAAGACCAAACAACCAGUGAUGAAGAUGAGUUGGAUAAUGAUACCUUUAUGAAAUAUGUAAGCGAAGAUCUCCAUCGGCGUGCACUGUUUACAGAUGCUACUGGUGACCAGUCUUUACCUCGGACUACACAGAUUUUGUUGGAAUAUCAGCUAGGGAGAUGGGUACCACGUCUUCGUGAGCCCCGAGACCUAUAUGGUAUCUCUUCAUCUGGUCCACUGAGUCAAACAAGAUGGCCAUGCCACUGUGAAGUAGUUGAAGAGAAAAUCCGGCACAUUGAUUGUGCUCCUUCCUACCCUGAGCCAUUGUAUGUCUCAGCAGGUGAUGAAUUGGAACCCCAUUAUCCAGACUCUACUCAAGGCACUGUGGUUUAUCUUGGUAAUGAUGCUUACAAAGACCACCGUUUCAUGUAUUCUCGAAUAGGAGGUGUCAGAUCUCUUCAGAAGCAUGCAGAAAUUCUGCCUGUGGAGGACUAUGACAACACUUUGAUAUUUGAAGCCAGGUUUGAGAGUGGUAAUCUGCAAAAGGUGGUCAAAGUUACUGAUUAUGAAUAUCAGUUGACUGUGCGCCCUGACCUCUUCACAAGUAGGCACACCCAGUGGUAUUACUUUCAAGUGACCAACACUCAAGCAGGGAUACCCUAUCGCUUCACCAUUGUCAACUUCACAAAGCCGGAUAGUCUGUACAGUCGAGGCAUGCGCCCACUCUUCUACUCCGAAAAAGAGGCCAAGAUGAACAGUAUUGGCUGGCAGAGAACAGGAGACCAAAUCAAGUACUAUAGGAACAAUAUAGGGCUGGAGGGGCAUCAGUUUUUUUCUCUUACAUGGACUUUCCAGUUUCCAUAUGACAAAGAUACAUGUUACUUUGCUCACUGCUACCCAUAUACGUAUGCCAGCCUGCAAGACUACCUUUUAGGUAUCACUAAUGACCCACUCAGGUCACAGUAUUGUAAAAUCCGUGUGCUUUGCCACACACUUGCUAGGAACAUGGUAUAUGUUUUAACAAUUACUACUCCUUUGAAGAAUACCGAAUCAAGAAAGCGUAAGGUGGUGAUUUUGACAGCAAGGGUACAUCCAGGAGAAACCAACAGUUCUUGGAUCAUGAAAGGCUUCCUGGAUUACAUCCUAGGAGAUUCAAGUGAUGCUCAGCUGCUCCGGGACACUUUUAUCUUCAAGGUGAUACCUAUGCUGAAUCCAGAUGGUGUGAUCGUGGGAAAUUAUCGAUGUUCCUUAGCUGGACAGGAUCUAAACCGUUGCUACACAUCUGUCCAAAAGGACUCUUAUCCUUCUGUCUGGUACACCAGGAAUAUGAUUCAUAGAUUAAUGGAAGAUCGGGAAAUUCUCCUAUAUUGUGACCUUCAUGGCCACAGUAAGAAAGGGAAUAUCUUCAUGUAUGGCUGUGAGGAUAGUGAUAAAGAUAAAGAGUUGUGCUUACAGCAACGAAUAUUUCCAUUUAUGCUGAGCAAGAAUUGUCCAAACAAAUUUUCAUUCUCAGCUUGUAAGUUUGAUGUUCAGAAGAGCAAAGAAGGAACAGGAAGGGUAGUGAUGUGGAAAAUGGGAAUCCAUAACAGCUUUACCAUGGAGGCCACUUUCUGUGGCUCCACUCUUGGUAAUAGACGAGGUACCCAUUUCAACACAAAAGACUUGGAGUCUAUGGGAUAUCAUUUUUGUGAUUCUCUUUUAGACUAUUGUGAUCCAGACCAAACAAAGUAUUAUCAAUGCAUGAAAGAAUUAGAAGAAUUGGAGAUGCAGCAGUCAGGACAAUCAGACAAAAUGCAUUAUGAUUCAGAUGCUUCAUUCAUAGAUACUGCAUUGGAUCUAGAUUCUAGUAGUGAUGAAUCUGACAUUUCAGAGACCAGUGAAACUUCAACUUUUCUCAAAGGAACUUCCCAGAAUAAAGUAAGAGAAUCAGAAGUUAUUAUUCCUCCAAACCAGGAGUCAGAAAGGAAAAACGCAAAAAACCACAGAAUGAAUAUUUUGGAGCUCACUGGGAAGCAAAUAACUAUAUUUUCUCCAUUUGGAGAAGGACCAUUUUUCAAGAAACUACACAAUCAAAAGCUGGAAUUUCUAGAACCAUAUCAAAUAAUAGUUGUGGCAGUGGACAUUGUGGGGCUCAGUUUCAAGCUUGAUCAGGCAAUAAUCCACUGACAUAUUUU